UAUACAUCUUUUGAUACUGGUCUUUUAUGUGGUCAAUCAGGUUGUCAGCUACAACUUGAGCAGGAAAGGACAGUGGGAAAGAGCAUCCUGGAGGCCGUUCACCCACAGCCACUACAGCCCUCUCAACGUCACAGUUAAUGGCAUCCCCUGCAUUCUCUUUCGGGCCAAGAGGAUCAUGAUUAAGUUUGAAAACCACACACAGCUGGAUUUGACAGAGAAGACGUUUGGUGUCCAUGCAACAGUGGAUAUUGGAGAUUCAAACUGCAGUGAAGACAGUGCAAUGCUUUCUCUGAAGUUUGGUGACAUUGGCAAUCUAAAGGGACUUGUUAUUAGAUUCUUAUUAACCACCAGCUAUUACGAGCUGUCUGUUCAGAACUGGUUCAGUUUACGCAGACUGCAGCUUCUCUACAAUCAUUCCAUACAAGCAACGUUUAAUGCAACCAGAAUAUAUGCACCAGCAAGUUACUCCUACCACUGUGAACACGUGAGCAGCUUGCAGAGAUAUGAUGCACUUCUCAUACCGAGCUCAGCAAAUGAUCUUUCAAAGCUUUGGGAAGUCACUUUUACUGAUUUCCAGAUUCAAGGUUUUAACAUUCAAGAAGGACAUUUUGCCUAUGCAAAAGACUGUGCAUCCUUUUUAUCUCCAGCAAUACUUAUGGGAUUGGUUAUGUCGCUGAUUCUGCUGCUGGUUCUUGCCUAUGCUCUUCAUAUGUUGAUUCACUUGAAAUCUCUGGACAGACACUAUGAAUGCAAAGCUUCUCCUGCCUAUUUUGCACAGAUGAAAGACAAUGACAUGGGAGAUGAGAAAGAGCCACUGAGAGGCAGUGGAAAUGAGUCCUAUGAACUUAGAAACCAACAGUUCUGUAAAAUCUAUAUUUAGCAGUAUGCAUCUGCCUCAGUGAAACAGGCGGUGUUUUCUUCUGCUGGCACUGUCGUAUGUAGUUUGUGCAGAUUUUUAACCAACUGUUGAAAGGGAAGGUAGGUAACAGACUGUUUAGCCACUGACUUUCUGUAAUUUAUUGUUA